GUCCGCUCCGCGCGUGCGCAGGGCAGCGGGCGGCUCGGGUUGCAGGCGCGCGGGUGAGAGCGCCUGUCAGCCGCUGGGUCGGUCCUCCCGCUGGCCCUCCCCCUCCCCGGCCUUCGGGGCAGGCGCGGUGGAGCCCGCCCCUCGGGUCCCCCGAUGGGGGAGAAGCGGCAACGGCGGCAGCGGAGUGAGCGAGCCGGAGCGUGAGUGGCCCCGCGGCGGCCAUGGGCGACCCAGCCCCCGCCCGAAGCUUGGACGACAUCGACCUGUCUGCCCUGAGGGACCCUGCAGGAAUCUUUGAGCUGGUGGAGGUGGUUGGCAAUGGAACCUAUGGACAGGUGUACAAGGGGCGGCACGUCAAGACUGGGCAGCUGGCUGCCAUUAAGGUCAUGGAUGUCACAGAGGAUGAGGAGGAAGAAAUCAAACAGGAAAUCAACAUGUUAAAGAAGUACUCUCACCAUCGCAAUAUUGCCACCUACUAUGGGGCCUUUAUCAAGAAGAGCCCUCCUGGGAACGAUGACCAGCUCUGGCUGGUGAUGGAGUUCUGCGGUGCUGGCUCAGUGACCGACCUGGUAAAGAACACGAAAGGAAACGCGCUGAAAGAGGAUUGCAUUGCGUACAUCUGCAGGGAGAUUCUCAGGGGUCUUGCCCAUCUCCAUGCCCACAAGGUGAUCCACCGAGAUAUCAAGGGACAAAAUGUGCUGCUGACAGAGAAUGCUGAAGUCAAGCUAGUGGACUUUGGGGUGAGUGCCCAGCUGGACCGCACUGUGGGGAGGCGGAACACUUUCAUUGGGACCCCAUACUGGAUGGCUCCAGAAGUCAUUGCCUGUGACGAGAACCCCGAUGCCACCUAUGACUACAGGAGUGACAUUUGGUCUCUAGGAAUCACAGCCAUUGAAAUGGCAGAGGGAGCCCCCCCUCUGUGUGACAUGCACCCUAUGCGGGCUCUCUUCCUCAUCCCUCGGAACCCUCCCCCCAGGCUCAAGUCAAAGAAAUGGUCUAAGAAGUUCACUGACUUCAUUGACACGUGUCUCAUCAAGACUUACCUGAGCCGACCACCAACAGAACAGUUACUCAAAUUCCCCUUCAUCCGAGACCAGCCCACGGAGCGGCAGGUCCGCAUCCAGCUCAAGGACCACAUUGACCGCUCCCGGAAGAAGCGGGGGGAGAAAGAGGAGACAGAGUAUGAGUACAGUGGCAGUGAGGAGGAAGACGACAGCCAUGGAGAGGAAGGCGAGCCAAGUUCCAUCAUGAAUGUGCCUGGGGAGUCCACACUCCGCCGAGAAUUCCUCAGACUCCAACAGGAGAAUAAGAGCAACUCAGAGGCUUUAAAGCAGCAGCAGCAGCUGCAGCAGCAGCAGCAGCGGGACCCUGAGGCACACAUCAAACACCUGCUGCACCAGCGGCAGCGUCGCAUAGAGGAGCAGAAGGAGGAGCGGCGACGUGUAGAGGAGCAACAGCGGCGAGAGCGAGAACAGCGCAAGCUGCAGGAGAAGGAGCAGCAGCGGCGGCUGGAAGACAUGCAAGCCCUCCGUCGGGAGGAAGAGAGGCGGCAAGCAGAGCGGGAACAGGAAUACAAGCGGAAGCAGCUGGAGGAGCAGCGGCAGUCAGAGCGGCUCCAGAGACAGCUGCAGCAGGAGCAUGCCUACCUCAAGUCCCUGCAGCAGCAGCAGCAACAGCAGCAGCAGCUCCAGAAGCAACAGCAGCAGCAGCAGCAGCAGCAGCAGCAGCAGCAGCAGCAGAUCCUACCUGGAGAUAGGAAACCCCUGUAUCAUUAUGGUCGGGGCAUUAAUCCUGCUGACAAGCCAGCAUGGGCCCGAGAGGUGGAAGAGAGAGCUCGGAUGAACAAGCAGCAGAACUCUCCCUUGGCCAAGACAAAGCCAAGCAGUGCGGGGCCAGAGCCCCCCAUCUCCCAGGCCUCUCCUAGCCCCCCAGGACCUCUUUCCCAAACUCCUCCUAUGCAGAGGCCUGUGGAGCCUCAGGAAGGACCACACAAGAGCCUGGUGGCACACCGGGUCCCACUGAAGCCAUAUGCAGCACCUGUACCCCGAUCCCAGUCCCUGCAGGACCAACCCACUCGAAACUUGGCUGCCUUCCCAGCCUCCCACGACCCUGACCCUGCUGCUGUCCCCACACCCACUGCCACACCCAGUGCCCGAGGAGCUGUCAUCCGCCAGAAUUCAGACCCCACCUCUGAAGGGCCUGGGCCUAGCCCAAACCCUCCAUCCUGGGUCCGGCCUGAUAAUGAAGCUCCGCCCAAGGUUCCUCAGAGGACCUCGUCUAUUGCCACUGCCCUUAACACCAGUGGGGCCGGAGGGUCCCGGCCAGCUCAGGCUGUCCGUGCCAGACCUCGCAGCAACUCCGCCUGGCAAAUCUAUCUGCAGAGGCGGGCAGAGCGAGGCACCCCCAAGCCUCCUGGGCCCCCAGCUCAGCCCCCUGGCCCGCCCAACACCUCUAGUAACCCUGACCUCAGGAGGAGUGACCCUGGCUGGGAGCGUUCAGACAGUGUCCUCCCUGCCUCCCACGGCCACCUCCCUCAGGCCGGCUCCUUGGAGCGGAACCGAAACCGUGUGGGAGCCUCCACAAAACUGGACAGCUCCCCAGUGCUCUCCCCUGGGAACAAGGCCAAGCCUGAAGACCACCGCUCAAGGCCAGGCCGGCCCGCAAGCUAUAAGCGAGCGAUUGGUGAGGAUUUCGUGUUGCUCAAGGAGCAGACUCUGGAUGAGGCCCCUAAGCCUCCCAAGAAGGCCAUGGACUAUUCCUCAUCCAGUGAGGAGGUGGAGAGCAGUGAAGAUGAGGAGGAGGAAGGCGAUGGGGAGCCAUCAGAGGGGAGCAGAGACACUCCUGGGGGCCGUGAUGGUGACACAGACAGCGUCAGCACCAUGGUGGUUCAUGAUGUUGAAGAGGUAUCCGGGACCCAGCCCUCAUAUGGAGGAGGCACCAUGGUGGUCCAACGUACUCCUGAAGAGGAGCGAAGCCUGCUGCUUGCUGAUAGCAAUGGCUACACAAACCUGCCAGAUGUGGUCCAGCCCAGCCACUCACCUACUGAGAACAGCCAGGGUCAAAGCCCUCCAACCAAGGAUGGAGGCGGCGAUUACCAGUCUCGUGGGCUGGUAAAGGCCCCAGGAAAGAGUUCAUUCACCAUGUUUGUGGAUCUAGGGAUCUACCAGCCUGGAGGCAGUGGGGAUACCAUCCCCAUCACAGCCCUAGUGGGUGGAGAGGGUGGUCGCCUUGAUCAACUGCAGUUUGAUGUGAGGAAGGGCUCUGUGGUCAACGUCAAUCCCACCAACACUCGAGCUCAUAGUGAAACUCCUGAGAUUCGCAAGUACAAGAAGCGAUUCAAUUCCGAGAUCCUCUGUGCAGCCCUCUGGGGGGUCAACCUCCUAGUGGGCACAGAGAAUGGGCUGAUGUUGCUGGACCGAAGUGGGCAGGGCAAAGUGUAUGGACUUAUUGGGCGACGACGCUUCCAGCAAAUGGAUGUUCUGGAAGGGCUCAACCUGCUCAUCACCAUCUCAGGGAAAAGGAACAAACUGCGGGUAUAUUACCUGUCCUGGCUUCGGAAUAAGAUUCUACACAAUGACCCAGAGGUGGAAAAGAAGCAGGGGUGGACCACCGUGGGGGACAUGGAGGGCUGCGGCCACUAUCGUGUUGUGAAAUAUGAACGAAUUAAGUUCCUGGUCAUUGCUCUGAAGAACUCCGUGGAGGUGUAUGCCUGGGCCCCUAAACCCUACCACAAAUUCAUGGCCUUCAAGUCCUUUGCUGACCUCCCUCACCGCCCUCUGCUGGUGGACCUGACAGUAGAGGAGGGCCAGCGGCUCAAGGUCAUCUAUGGUUCCAGUGCUGGCUUCCAUGCUGUGGAUGUUGACUCUGGGAACAGCUAUGACAUCUACAUCCCUGUACAUAUCCAGAGCCAGAUCACACCCCACGCCAUCGUCUUUCUCCCCAACACUGACGGCAUGGAGAUGCUGCUUUGCUAUGAAGACGAGGGUGUCUACGUCAACACUUACGGGCGGAUCAUCAAGGACGUGGUGCUGCAGUGGGGAGAGAUGCCCACCUCUGUCGCCUACAUCUGCUCCAACCAGAUAAUGGGCUGGGGUGAGAAGGCCAUAGAGAUCCGCUCUGUGGAGACAGGCCACCUAGAUGGGGUCUUCAUGCACAAACGAGCCCAGAGGCUCAAGUUCCUGUGUGAGCGGAAUGAUAAGGUGUUUUUUGCCUCAGUCCGCUCUGGAGGAAGCAGCCAAGUUUACUUUAUGACUCUGAACCGUAACUGCAUCAUGAACUGGUGACGAGGCCCCUGGGCUGGGGCUCCCCACACGGACCCAGCUCUGUCCCCACAGCCAGACUUCCCAGGCCGCCCCUGACCUCCCACCCCCCUUGGGCUUUUGCUUUUAAUGGUUUGAUUCACUGGAGCCUGCUGGGAACGUGACCUCAUAUUCCUGAAGCUUUUGUGAUCACGUGAUCAUCCUUUCUCCCGACAUUCUCAAAACUGCCUUUCCUUAACUUCUGGGGGAUGACACAGCUUCCUUCCCCUUACCAGGAAUUGAGUGGGACUUGCUCCUCCCUUUUCUCUACAGAAGAGAGUGCUUGGGGCUUGGACCCCUUACCCCAUUGCUGCUGACUGAGCAGGGCCCUGCCCCCUUUUUUGCACGCCAGGGGAGCCGGCUCCCCCCUUGAAUGUACCAGACUCUGGGGGGGGUAUUCACUGGGCCCUGGGUUGGGGGGGUCACCAGCCACUCCAGGGGCAGGGACCAUUUCCUCAUUUCUGAAAGCACUUUAAUGAUUUCCCCCCUCAGUCCCCAGGGAAUGGAGGAGGGACCCCAUAGCCAAAACAUUCCCCCCUUUCCUCCCCCCCACCCCAUCUUGCCUCUUCCCUUCCCUAGAGGGAGAGGGCUCAGAGCUCCCACCCUCUCUCCGCCCUUGCUUGCAUCUGUAUAUAGUGUGAGCAGCAGGUAGGCCUUCUCCCUCCAGUAUCCUUCCUCAAUGUAGUGGCCUUGGAGAUCCCCUUUGUUAAUAAAGACAACUCAACCAGCUUCCAC